AGUGGGUGUGUGCGGACUUAACCCAUUUUCACUCCUAGCGCUUGAAAGAAAACGUCAACUGGUAAACAAUUUGGGUUUUCCUGGUUUUCCGAAAAGAGAACUCUCUGAGUGAUGGCUUUAAGCACUGCAAACAGUCAGCCGGCGGAAAUUAUAUUUUCCGAAGAGGACCUGCCCUACGAAGAAGAAAUACUUAGAAAUCCUUACUCAGUUAAGCACUGGUUGCGGUACAUAGACCACAAAAAGAAAGCCCCCAACUAUGGAGUGAACUUAAUCUAUGAACGAGCCCUGAAGGAGCUUCCUGGCUCCUACAAGCUCUGGUACAACUAUUUAAGAAUCAGACGACAGCAAGUUAAAAACAGAUGUAUCACUGAUCCUGGAUACGAGGAAGUGAAUAACGCUUUUGAAAGAUCGCUGGUGUUCAUGCACAAAAUGCCCCGAAUCUGGAUGGACUACUGUACGUUUCUAACCGACCAGAAUAAAAUCACUCGAACAAGGAAGGUCUUCGAUAGAGCCUUAAGAGCUUUGCCAGUCACCCAGCAUCACCGCAUUUGGCCUCUGUAUUUGCUGUUUGUAAAGAAACAUGACAUCCCGGAGACUGCUGUGAGAGUGUUCAGGAGAUAUUUGAAACUGUUCCCUGAAAACGCUGAGGAAUAUGUAGAGUACGUGACCGGGGCUGGAAGGUUGGAUGAAGCAGCCGUUGUACUGGCUAAGGUAGUAAAUGAUGAAAAUUUUGUAUCGCAGAAUGGCAAAUCGAAGCAUCAAUUGUGGAAUGAGUUGUGUGAACUGAUAUCUAAUAAUCCAGGUAAAGUGGUGUCACUAAAUGUUGAUGCAAUUAUUCGAGGUGGUUUGAGAAGGUAUACAGAUCAACUCGGUCAUCUAUGGAACUCCCUAGCUAAUUAUUACGUGAGAAGUGGCCUGUUUGAUCGAGCAAGGGAUGUUUAUGAGGAAGCAGUACAAACUGUGACCACCGUACGCGAUUUUACCCAAGUUUUUGAUGCUUAUGCCCAGUUCGAGGAGUUGAGUCUGAGUAGAAGAAUGGAAGAAGUGUCUAAGAUAACUGAGCCUUCAGAUAAUGAUAACAUUGAGUUGGAAUUGAGACUAGCCCGAUUUGAGGAUUUAAUGGAAAGACGGUUGUUGCUGUUAAAUUCCGUGCUGUUGAGGCAGAACCCACAUAAUGUCCAGGAGUGGCAUAAAAGAGUCCAAUUGUAUGAAGGAAAACCUCAUGAAAUCAUUAACACUUACACGGAAGCAGUUCAAACAGUGCAGCCGAAACUGGCCGUAGGCAAACUGCAUUCGCUCUGGGUGGAAUUUGCGAAAUUUUACGAGAAAAACGGACAAGUGGACGACGCCAGGAUUAUUUUUGAAAAGGCCACUGAAGUUCCAUAUACCAAAGUCGAGGAUUUGGCUUCUGUUUGGUGCGAAUGGGCGGAAAUGGAAAUAAGGAAUGAAAACUAUGAAGAAGCCCUAAAGCUGAUGUAUCGCGCCACUGUUCUUCCAUCAAGAAAAGUAGCAUAUCAUGACGAAUCUGAAACUGUACAAUCUAGAUUAUACAAAUCCCUGAAAGUGUGGUCAAUGUAUGCGGACCUAGAAGAGAGCUUUGGGACUUUUAAGUCGUGCAAAGCAGUGUACGAUCGAAUUCUUGAUUUGAAAAUUGCCACUCCACAGAUCAUAAUCAACUAUGGAGUGUUCCUAGAAGAGAACAACUAUUUCGAGGAAGCUUUCAGAGCUUAUGAAAAGGGAAUUUCCUUGUUCAAAUGGCCAAAUGUCUACGACAUUUGGAACACAUAUUUAUCCAAAUUCUUGAAAAGAUAUGGCGGGUCCAAGAUUGAGAGGGCAAGAGACUUGUUUGAACAAUGCCUGGAAAACUGCCCGCCCCAAUUUGCCAAGCAUUUGUAUUUGCUCUAUGCCAAGCUUGAGGAGGAGCACGGCAUGGCCAGACAUGCCAUGGCUGUAUAUGAAAGAGCCACGAAAGCAGUGCCAGAAACUGAUAUGUUUGAGGUAUUCAAUAUCUACAUUAAAAGAGCUGCGGAGAUCUACGGCAUUCCGAAAACGAGGCAAAUCUAUGAGAAGGCCAUAGAGUCAUUGCCUGAGAAAGACACCAGACAAAUGUGCUUGAGAUUUGCAGAUAUGGAGACAAAACUAGGAGAAAUCGAUAGAGCAAGAGCAAUUUAUUCGCAUUGCAGUCAAAUAUGCGACCCAAGAGUCACUAUCGAAUUCUGGCAGACUUGGAAGGAAUUUGAGGUCAGGCAUGGAAAUGAAGACACAAUGAGGGAAAUGUUGCGAAUCAAGAGAAGUGUCCAGGCCAUGUACAAUACCCAGGUGAAUAUGAUGUCUGCUCAAAUGUUUACAUCUGCUGGUUCAGUUACGGGAACAACUGCGGAUUUGGCGCCAGGAGAAAAGGAUGGAAUGCGUCUUUUGGAAGCCAAAGCAGCCGAAAUGGCCAAUAGCGCUCCUGGACUUGGACAAAGGCCAGGCAAUAUAAUGUUCGUUAGAGGUGAAACCCAGGGAGAUAAAAAGGAUAAGGUAGUCAAUCCGGACGAGAUUGAUAUAGAUGAGGAUGAGGACGAGGACGAGCCUGAACCGCGUUUGGAGCAGAAAGAUGUCCCGUCUGAAGUGUUUGGUAGUUUGAAGAAACCCAAACCGAUUUGAUUCCAGCGCAUUUGAAAAAAAUACUUUAGUGGUAAAACAAAUUGCUUUUAUUGCUGUAAAUAUAAGAUACAACCAACCCCACGUAA